AUGACACACACCAUCCAAAACACACGAAAAAUGAAAUCUUUCGACCUGUCGCGAAUCAGCAGAUCGCUAUCCUUCAACAACAAGCAAGGAACGUACCCAGAAACGCCAGAAACCGACCCUGAGUACUUCCACACCUCCAUCAAACCGACCCAGAGUGAAGCUAAUACGAUACAUACGACCUGUGCGAGACCCCGAACCUUAAUUGCCGCAUCAUGCAAUAAGAUCCAUAAUGGGAAUACAAGUGCGGUGCCCAAGAUCACACAAAGCGCACCAGUGUCACCCCAGAUGUCCAGCAUCAAUGCCCAACCAUGGCCAGAGCUGGACCUGGAGAUCCCGGCGCUGGUGCCUGACAGCUCGUCACGUGAUACCUCGCUGUCACGCAUCAAAUCCCAUGACCACCUGGAGGUGCCCCUGGGUCACCAUCAUGUGAGCACCAUAGAUGAGGACCGGGAGAGCAUGUUGUCCUUGACCCCCACCACACAUCAGCAAUACCAUCCCCAUCAAUACCCCAUGCCCGUAAGGGGGGAUCUGCGGUGCCCCAGCUUUGUUUCUCGUGACUCGAUGGACUCGGCACGUGACUACCCCUGUUUCCACGAGCCUGUAUUCGAUGUUGAGUUUGACAACUCUUCUCCUCUCGAGGGUAUUAACCCCCUUAAUCGGGUGGCUCAGGGCUCUCUUGUGGACGAUCAGCAGUCCGUCAACUUGGGUCCUAUCAAGCCGCGUCCUGAAAUCAAGCCCUUGGUUCAUGCUUCUACCUUUACCGAGGAUCUUGUUCGGUUCCCUAGUGAGCUGGUUAAGCUGCCAAACAAGAUCAACAAGAAAGUCAAGCAUCGAAGCAGCAAGCUGAUCAAGCGGCCUCAGGUCAAUAUCGAUAUCGAGGAGCUCGACUCUGAAUUGGAACGGUUUGAGACAGCCACAAAUACCGCCUGUGUGGAGAACGUAGAGAGCCACAAGGUACAGAAGAAAAACAGCAAGAAGGUGGACAAGAAAAACGGCUUCAACCGGAUGAUGAUGAAGGUCAUUCGACCGUUCAAGUCGUCAUAA